UGUUCCUCAAUAGCUUUUCUUUCCCGCCCCCCCCCAGUGAAAAUCGACCCGGGCGCCAUGUUCCCCAUGGACAUGCCGAGCGACAGCGAGGACAGCGCCUCGGAGAGCGGCCCCGCGCCCUUCCAGGACCUGCAGCGCGAGCCUGCCACCCCGCGCCUGCCCCGCGCCGAGUCCCCCGACCUGAAGAAGCGGCGGAUCCACCAGUGCGACUUCGAGGGCUGCAACAAGGUGUACACCAAGAGCUCCCACCUCAAAGCCCACCGGCGGAUACACACGGGCGAGAAGCCCUACAAGUGCACCUGGGAGGGCUGCACCUGGAAGUUCGCCCGCUCCGACGAGCUGACCCGGCACUUCCGCAAGCACACGGGCAUCAAGCCCUUCCGCUGCUCGGACUGCGACCGCAGCUUCUCCCGCUCCGACCACCUGGCCCUACACCGCCGGCGGCACAUCAUGAUGUGAGAGGACCGAGGCGGGGAGGCCUCCGCGCCUCCGCUCUGCCUGCUUCCACCCGGGACAGCUGCUGAGCCUCCUUCCCCGCCUCGCCCGGAGCCCCCCCCCCCCAGUGUGUCGCCUCUUCCCGCGCCCCCCUUGGCCCACGCCGGGCUCCCCAGGACGUGCCGGGGGCUGGGAAGAAAAGAAAAAAGCAAAGGGGGUACAAAAGGAAAAAAAAAAAAGGAGGAAAAAAAAAAAAAAACGCCCCAUCCCACAGCCGAGACCGCCACCACUGAAAAAAGGGAAACUUUGCGGAACGUGGAACUGUGAUUUUUGGAGUUUUAAGGGGGGCGGGAGGGGGUGGGGUGCUGGCUCGCAGUUUUUGGAGACUAUGGGACAGUUGAACCGUUUCUAACUUAAAAAGGCAGCAGCCUCCCUACGGACCGUGGCCACGCGCUUUUCUUUGUAAUGGUAAUGGGGAUUUUUGCGGGGUCGCCCUCGCUUCGGUGCUG